CCUGUUGUGAAUAAAUCUGCUUUUUCUUACCAGGAGCGUUGCUUGUUACACAGGUAAUCUUACACCGGACCUAGAAGAAGGCCGACCACUGCUAACAAAUUUCGUUCGGUCUCUCGCUAGCAGCUAGCAAGUUAGACAACAGACAUUUUGUCAAGAAUUACUUGCCAAUACCCCUUUCAUGUCUUAGAAAUUUCACACAAACGUGGGUGGAGAUGAACGGAUAACAAGUGGCCACUUCGCCUUGUUCCCUCCGUCUGAGCAUCGUGUGACGGGGCCAAUGUCUAGAUGUUGAGCAGUUGUAAAGCCAAGCUCGUACCAUUCCAUAAUGCAGGAGCGAGCGGCAGACUUCAAAGGGAUGGAGUUCAGAGUGAGAGGAUCCUAUAAUAGACGAUGGGGAAGAAGAAGAAGAAGAAGAAUAAGCAAUAGGAUUGAUGGUCGAGAGCGAGGGAGGGGGGGGGGUUCCUUGUUCCUCUCUUUCUCUGACACGCACUGCGCCACUCUUAGUCGGAAGUGCGUGCUGUACGGCAGACAAAUCGGUCUCGGGUGCGUGUGUGCGUGUAAGUUCUACAAACUUUCGUACGUAUCAGUUUUUUUUAUUUGCUACGAGUGGCGAGAAAAAUGACCACAAAACAACACAGUUUGUGUCAGCACGUAAUAAAUAUGUAAAUGGAAUGGCCCGCGUAGAAUUAAAUUUGACUGCUAUAAAAUCGGAUAUUUAGAACAUGAAAAUUACAGGUACGAUCAUUUUAAGUGAGCGGCAAUGAUACAUAGUAAAGUGUGAAAAUAUAUACGAAACUGUAUUGCACAUUUCACGUAGCAUUACAAAUACUUUGUUUUACCACAUAAAUGUAACCGUAAAUUGUAGCUACACGUAUGUUACAAAGAUGCGGAAAUUUACAGAGGGACUAAGCAAAGUUUUGAAGGUCGAAAAUAAGGUAACAUGAAGUCUCAUACCAGAACCAGAUCCUGGUUAUAACAAAUAAUUGGGAAAACAAUUUGUGCCAUUAUUUUCUUUAGACACGCACAAAUAACACAAGUUAAGAACUUGCAUGACAUUUGUGAUUCUAUCUCCGUAACACUGAACCAUCACACUAUCCACCACUCAUCCAUGUCCCCUCAAAUGCUUUUUAAUUUCGAAUUCCGUUCGAACUCGGCACAAACAGCAAAGCCGUUCAUGUGUAAGAAUUUUAAACUACAAUAUGCCGAUAAGAGAAGAAUCCAAGCUGCCGUGGGCAGUAUCUGGGCUGUUGGAUGGAUUCCGAAGACUGGGACCAAUCCUAUUUGCAACUGGAUUGUUGUUGGUGACGUGUUGUGGACAUGACGUCAACGCUACGAUUGCAUCACCGUCACAAAAUAUUACCUCUGGAACAAAUCAUACGGGAUUUGACGCAAUCCACGAGGGAAGGUUACGACAAGAUAACAGGAGCAUUGAGAUGCCCGUGUCAUCUCGACAGAAGACAUCCCGUAGCCCAGUUAAGUACAGAACAUCCCAUCACGGCAGGAAGAAAGGCAGAGGGUCACAUGUCAAAGGCACGGCAAUGUCUGACGAGGACGCGCGUCGUAGCAAACAACGACGUCGGAAUAACGGCCGUGGAAGGGGCAAAGGCCAAGGGAAACAUCGCCACAACAAAUCGAGACAAAACCGCGGAGACGCCUCGCCCCAACACAGUCACAUUCGACGAAACUUGGAGAAACAGUUGCUGGUCGGAAACAGAACCCUGGAACUACUUGGCGGCGGAGGCGCAAGGAUACUUUGGACAGGCAACAGUACUACCACGCUGACAAACGGAACUUCAAAUCCUCCGGCAGUGUUCGGGGACUCCGCUUCUGCACAACGCGUCUCGCCCCGAUUAGCAAUCAAGAACGAUAAUAAUACGUCAUCAGAUAUAAUCCAGUUAGAUGACAGUAUUACGCAGUCUCAGAUGUCUUUUCGUCAAGCAACAGCAGCAUCUGGUACAAAGACUGGUCAGAAUAUUAGUAAUUCUCGUGGUAACACAGCGUUUAAAUUUUCAGAACGUUCACAAAGCGCCAUAACACCUGUUGACAACAGUAGGGCGCGAAAUAUCCCGGUCCCGAUAAGAUCCGGUGCUGACGAAGCGACAAUGACGGAUUACCAGUACGAUUAUGACGGGAUUCAAGCUCCGGGUGUAGUUGAAUCUUCCGUCUGGUUCAAUCCCACGGAGUUGAGGAAGGAAGACGAAAACACGGAUGUAUCUACUAAAGGUGAAAGUUCAGAACCUGGGUCAAUGCAGGCUGCUGUUGGUACAACGCUGGAAACGGUCCUGGGUGUUCUCACGGAUCACAGCGGGAGUGGUGACUCUGGCGAAACGAGCAAAGAACACGAUGAUCCAUGUGAAAAAUGGAUGAGAUGCAAGGACAAGCUCCGAAGGGCUUUCCUCGGUCCCCUGGGAACACUGCCAUCAUGUCCAUGUAACUACCCCAGUGCGAUAUUCUACGACGACAAAAUAUGGGACCAGGCACAAGGGAAAUAUUACAGGUGGCGUGACGUCAGUGGGGAGGCGGAGCGACUGGACGUGUACAAGCCAGGGGCCGCGUAUUGCAUCCGCUCCUUGUUGGCGCAAGGCAGCUCUUCGAUAGCAGCGCAGCGUUGUUGCUACGACAGGUAUAGAAGGCUUUUAACCCGUGGUUCUGGGGCUGGUACCCCAGAUUUUGUCAGCCCAGAAGUAUCUACUUCAUUGCAUCAGAUGGUUGACAUUCUACCCUGGAGGCUCUGUAAAGGCGACUUCACCAGGUACAACGCGGUCCGUCCGCCAAAUAAUGAAAACAACUGCACAGCAAAUCCCAUCGAAGAAGAAUUUCUACGACAAGUUCAAAUUGCACAGUAUUUUUAAAUUAUGGUUGUCACGUGAUAUAGAAAACAAAUUUCUUUCUGCCUAACCAGUAAGACAGUUCCUAAGAUUUCCUUUCUCUCCCCCCCCCCACCCCCUGUGAAUAUUGUCUGCUGUUAAAUUGUUUAUAUUUUCAAUAUUUAUUUUUACGUAUUAUUCCUAAAUUUUUGUUCUGUGGAACCCUGAGCUCCAAGUGAGACUGAUAAAUUUUUAAUAUGAACACCAAACUGCAAAAUUUGAAUUCCCUUUCAGAAUAACACAACGUCAAUUCCAUUCUCAAGAAACACCGAGCCUCGUUCAGGUCCAAUAGCGCGGGAAAGCAAAAUCAGAACAAAAUAUUGUGACAGUAAAACUCACAUCAACGCAGAAGCUUAAGAAAAUGGUUAAUUAUAUUAAGAAAAGAAAAGCAUUUGAAACUCAUGCAAAUCAGAAAUCAAAAAUGACUUAACUUGCGACAUAUAGGCAAUGAUAAGAAUCACGUGAGUAAAUAGAAUACAAGAAACUCCUUUCCCGGGGGUAAAGGUCGGCCGGGGCGUGAUGCUGACCACUCACCCCAUCUAGCGCCGAGGUCAAGAAUGAGUAGGAGCUGUAUACCUCUCCCCCCAAGCGUCUACGUGGCGUAUAGUGGGACAAUGUCAAGUGACAAUUAUUCAUUGUAUAAUGUACAUGAAACGGUAAUGUGUGAAUAUGUAUCUACUGAUGUAUUUUUUUUUGUAAAUACUCGUGAAGACUUCAACAAUAAAAUGUUUAAAAUACUUUACAAUCCUGAUCUGUUCGGCUGUGUUCUUUAUUCUGUCGUGGAAAUCAGAUCGUGAAGUGGAAAGAUGAUGACAAUGCGAAUCACUAAUGCAACUCUUUAUUUGGAC